AUGGAGGCUCUUCCCGGCUUAAAUGAUAGUACUCAACUGGCCAAUACGAUAGAAGGGGAUAAUGAGCUUCAUGAACUCUCAAUUGCACAAGGUUUUGAAUGGAAAAUUGAAGUCUCAAAUGAUGCACCACUAACUGUUGAAGUGAAAUCAGGUAUUGCAGAAAUAUUUGGUACCGAGUUGGCAACGGAUAAGGAAUAUGUCUUCAAAAACUAUAAAUUCUCGAUAUAUUGCGUUGAAGACGUGGUAUUAAGCUGGAGAUGUUCGGCACUCAAUGAAAACAAUCUCUCGAUAACAGCCAAUACGACAGCUAAAUAUGUCUAUAAUUUGCAUUUCGCUUUGGAGAAAAUGCGAAGUUCAAGUUUUGAUGGUCCUCGAAUCCUUGUCUUGGGAUCCCAGGACUCUGGAAAGACUGCGUUAUGCAGAACACUAUGUUCAUACGCGAUAAAGUUCAAGGCGUAUCAGCCACUAUAUGUGAAUUUAAAUCCCACCCAAGCAGUAUUUUCACCACCUGGAUGUGUGGCUGCUGUACCUAUAUCAGCAAUUUUAGACGUUCAGUGCAGUACAUGGGGCCAAAGUAUGACCAGUGGUGCCACACAGCUCCAUAGUAAGCAACCGAUAGUGAAGAAUUUUGGUUUGGAAAACAUAUCAGAGAACAAGCCCCUAUAUUUUGAAAUGGUAGAUCAGUUGGCAUCUAACAUUACCGAUAGAUUGCGUAAUGACUCACUAGUACGUAGAUCAGGAUCUAUAAUAGAUACAUCGCCCUUGAAUGAGCUCGACGAAGAUUUCAGUGACCUGGAACAUAUUGCAAAACAAUUUAAAAUUAAUGCAGCGGUAAUACUUGGUGAAUAUCAACAAGAUUUUCUUCAGAGAAUUUCCCAGAAACUGUCACAGUUCAUUGGUGUUCAUCUUGUAAAUUUACCUACUCUAAGUGGCGCUAUCAAAUUAGAUGAUAUAUACAGGAGAUCAUUACAAAGAAGUGCGAUACGGGAAUACUUUUAUGGAACAGAUACAACGGUUUUAAGUCCAUAUGCUGUUGGAGUUGACUACCAAGAUAUUGCUGCUUGGAAACCCAAAAAUUUUCUUGAGAAUCAAGAUCUUGACUCCGAUUUGUCACCAACCGAACUUUCACCUGUUGAGAUAGAUCCCAGCAACAUACAGCAUGCGCUAGUGGCAAUCAGCUACGCGCCUAAAAGAUCACCCUCAGCAGACGUGAUCAAAGCUCCACUCCUCGGGUUUGCUUUAGUGACAGAAGUGAAUGAAAAGAGACGUAAAGUGCGGAUUCUUGUGCCGGUACCGGGGAAUCUUCCCAGUAAAGCUCUUAUACUAACAUCAUAUAAGUACUUAGAGUAA